AGUGCUGCUUGCCAGCUGAUACAAUAAUGGAAGGGAAUCGCGAUGAAGCUAAAAAAUGUUUAAAUAUUGCAGUUAAAGCCAUCGAAGACGGUAAUAAAAACAAGGCUUUGAAAUUUCUAUACAAAGCAGAAAAACUGUAUCCAACAGAGAAAGCAAAAGUAUUGUUGGAAGCUUUGCUGAACAAUGGAAAUUCGACAGGAAACAGUACUGCAUACUGUGGGAAGUCAUCAAAUGGAUCAAAGCCUGGAUCACAAACCCAACAUGAGGCACCAAAGCAAGACUCAGCAGCUGCAGAUUUAACAAAAGGAUUUACCAAAGAGCAAGCUGAAGGGGUACAAAGGAUAAAGAAAUGUAAGAACUACUAUGAGGUACUGGGCAUCAGAAAAGAUGCCAGUGAUGAUGAACUAAAAAAAGCCUACAGACAGCUGGCUUUGAAAUUCCACCCUGACAAAAACCACGCACCAGGAGCAACAGAUGCCUUUAAAAAAAUUGGAAAUGCUUAUUCAGUGCUCAGUAACCCAGAAAAGAAGAGGCAGUAUGACUUAAGUGGAGGAGAGGAGCCCAGCACCCCAAAUUACAGCUCUCAUGAAGGAUUCGAUUUUCACAGAGGCUUUGAAUCCGAUAUUACACCUGAAGAUCUCUUUAACAUGUUCUUUGGAGGCAGCUUUCCAUCAUCUAAUUCACAUGAAUUCACCAAUGGCCGAACAUACAGUCAUCAUACAGAAGAAACCAGAGGAGAAAGAGUGGAAGAGAGGGGAGAUGGUGGGUUUUCCAUGUUUAUUCAGCUGAUGCCAAUCGUUGUGCUGGUCUUGGUCUCAAUCCUCAGCCAGCUGCUGGUUUCCACACCACCUUACAGCUUAUACUCCAGACCCUCCACAGGACAAACCGUUAAGAGACAAACAGAGAAUCUGCAUGUGGACUAUUUUGUCACCACAGAUUUCAAAUCCGAAUAUAAGGGCUCAGCUUUGCUAAAGAUUGAGAAGAGCGUGGAGGAGGAUUACGUUUCCAAUGUGCGCAACAACUGCUGGAAGGAGAGGCAGACAAAAACAGACUUGCUGUAUGCUGCAAAGGUCUACAGAGAUGAAAGACUACAGCGAAAGGCUGAGCUCAUGACCAUGGAGAACUGCAAAGAGCUGGACCGAUUAAAUGACCUGUUCCGUGGAGGAUAAACCACAAAUUGAGACUAAUGGACCCUUAAGACAAUAGGACAUCUUAUGUAUAAAUGUAUUAUGUGUUGUUUAUUUUUUGAACAUCUUUAUGUUAAAAGUCAAUCAUCUUUUGUUGCAAUAUGCAUUGCUUCUUAGUAACAGUGAAUCGUAAAAAGUUCCAUCACUCCAUUUCUAUAAUUUAUAUCUCUUUAAUUGACUUAAACUGUGAAACUCUACAUGUAGAUGUUUUACACUUUCUUUAAACCAAUUCUAUUUUCUUCAGAGUUUAACUUAAGUAAUUACUCCAUGUCAGUGCUCUCUUGAAAGGUUUUUAGCAAUUCUAAUAAUUUUUUUUUUUAAUCUGAAACAGAUCAGAUCAAAUAUACAUUUUUAAGUGGAGGACUACUCUGUUUUUUUCUAGAAUAUGAUUAAUAACUUCACCAAUCAUUUUUGUCCAUCCAUUGAAGUUUCACGAGUCAGAAUAUUUAAUAUGAAUCAAGUGUAUCAGGCCAAAUAAGGCAAUGAAACACUUGUUUAAAAAUAGAGCUCUCCAAAAUAGUGUAAAUGGCAGCCCUAUAGUGAAUGCUUGAUGUAUGAGAUCAAAUCAGCUGUGGAUAAAUUUUAUGGCUUUUUUUUUUUUUUUUUUUUGAUGUUAUAAUUUUUGGUUUUGAAGGCUUUCUGUGGAUGUACAGAAAUAAUGACAGAAUAUUAAGAAAUAAGUCUAUUAAGUUCUGCAGAUGAUAUUACAUGAUGGGGAGUAAAUGAAUACAUGCUUUAAUUUCUGGCUAAAGAAUGUUAAAAGAAUAAACUGAUAUUUGAUAUUUCUGGA